AUGCGAGUUCGGGGCGCCAAAUUAACGAGGGAAACAAAGAGAGAGCAAGGGGGCGCGAGAGGACAGCGGCGAGCAAGGAGUAUCGCGAAAGACGGGCAAACGACGGAUCGAAAGGGAAUUAACUACUCGUCGCUGCGGUUCGAAAUUAGGCGGACAAAACGAGCGGCGCACGCUGAGAUAUCGAACGGAUUCAACCACUUCGGUCAAGUAGGAACGAGGGGAAAAGUGAUGCUCUGGGAAUACGAUCAGAGAGGGUUUGGCACUUGCAAUGGCUGA